AUAUAAAAUGAGAAUAAAAAAACUAAGCCCCUAUCCGUCAUAGGUAUUUUCGAUCACUGAAUCACUCUUUCUGUAUCAUGAGCAACAUUGUUACUAAGGUCGCCGUUGUUGGAAGUGGAAUAUCAGGAGCAGUAUGCGCAUCAACUCUUGCAAGGAAUGGAGUUUCAGUCACCCUCUUCGAGUCUGCCCGCGGCCCUGGUGGCCGCAUGUCCCAGAGAAGAGAAAUUGCUGAAGAUGGGAAUGACCUAUUGUUUGACCAUGGUGCUCCAUUUUUCACUGUCAGCAACACUGAUGUGUUAAGAGUUGUCCAUGAGUGGGAAUUGAAAGGUCUUGUUGCUGAGUGGAAAGAGAAUUUUGGCUCUUUUGAUUGUCUCUCCAACAAAUUUCUUGACAUAGAACAGGAAGGACCGGGCAAAAGAUAUGUUGGGGUGCCGGGUAUGAAUUCUAUUUGUAAAGCAUUAUGCAGGGAGACUGGGGUGGAAAGCAAGUUCGGGGUAGGAGUUGGGAAGGUGGAGUGGUUAGAUAAUGAGGAAUCAUGGUUGGUGAUGGGUAUGGAUGGCCAAAAUCAUGGCCAAUUUAAAGGAGUGGUAGCAUCAGACAAAAAUAUAGUUUCUCCAAGGUUUAAAGAUAUCACAGGAUGUCCACCACCACUCGAUUUGAGUUGGGCUCCAGAAUUGGCAGUGAAGUUCCAAGAUAUUCCUGUUAAUCCGUGUUUUGCUCUUAUGCUAGCAUUUACCGAGCCUUUAUCUCCUAUACCUGUAAAAGGCUUCUCAUUCAAAAAUUCUGAAGUUCUAAGCUGGGGUCACUGUGACAGCAGCAAGCCCGGUCGAUCAACCACAAAUGAACGAUGGGUAUUGCACUCAACAAUAAAGUAUGCAAAGGAUAUAAUUGCUCAAACUGGACCUCAGAAGCCUUCAAGCGAAACGCUAACAAAAGUAGCUGAAGAUUUGUUCCAGGAAUUUGAAAGCACUGGCCUCAACAGCUCUAGACCAUUUUUCAGAAAGGCUCAUAGAUGGGGAAGUGCUUUUCCAGCUGCUAGCAUAGCUGGAGAAGAAAAAUGCUUCUGGGAUGGGAAGAAGAAAUUGGCCAUCUGCGGAGAUUUUUGUGUCAGCCCAAAUGUUGAAGGGGCAAUAAUUAGUGGCUUGGCGGCUGCUGCGAAGCUUGUAGAAGCUCCUAGUUGCUUGUAAUAUAACUGUUGAAACUAAGAAAUAUGAAAAAUUAAACUUAGAAAAUGAGAGUAGAAGAUAAGAGAAGGAAUUCUUGAAAUUUGCUAUUUGUUUUCGUCUUUAUAAACAUCUAUUUAUAGAUGCUUUUUGAUAAGAAUUACAAUAAAAGCAUCACAUAAAACUAAAAGACUUGAAAACUUAAUUAAUAAAAUCAUUGUAUGUAAGUAA